CCUUCAAGAAAUUGCAACCCGGAAAAAGGAAAGAAACCGUUCAAAUCAAACCGUGGCGGCAAAAAUGGACACGCAAACUGGAUCAGACACAAACGAAGACUUCCGAGUGCGGCUGAUGUCGAAAAAUCAAGUUGUGCAACAGAUGAAGCACUACAAAGACAUUUUAAACGAGGCGCUGUCUGGACAAACGGCAAUUCCGGAGAACACGAAGCGAGUUUUGCUUGAGCAGCUGUUGGCGGAUUUUGAGGCUGCCGUCCAAGCAAACGUGUUAGUGAAUGGACAGACGUGGGACCAAUGUCGACAUGACGACGAUGAGGACAAGCUGGCGCAGCUGGAAAAGCAGAUGGACGACGUCAUCGUGGAGACGGUGAAAAAGCGACGCACGUUCCCCAAGCAAGUCCUGCGCUGGGCCGUGCGCGCCCUCAAAGCGGAACGGCGACUUGCAGACUUUUAUGAAAAACCAGUAAAACCCCAGCAGAUGCUCACAGACCCUCAGACAGAUAGCUUGAUGAAGGACUUGUCGGAUCGGGCAUCUGAACUGAAGGAACACAGCACACAAGUCGUCAAGUCCAUCUGCACACUUCAGAAACAGGCCGAAGGCUUACUGGAGGUGAUCGGCAUGAAGCCGAGUCAGGCGUCAUUGGAGGUGCACCGCGAAGUAUUUGGCAGCGAGCAACUGACAGAAACUCCGCCUCCUUCGCCAAACCCCGCUCAGUGGAGCGGGAAGUGGAACAGGCAGUCGGUCCGACGAGACGUGUGGGACGCCGUGGCCUCGGCGGGAUACGUGGGUGGCAAAAAAGCAUGAUGAGUAAUGUAAUUAAACGUUUGGAAUUCA